GUUGCUCGUUCCUUCAACUGGCUGGUUUGAUAACGGGUGAACGUGUUCUCGUCACCCGGUCCGGAUUUUCGACCCAUAUCGGUAACUACCAAGGAAAUCGUACACAGGACAGUGACAUAUUCCCACCCGUUGCAAUGGCAUAUGGUGACCGUGAUCGUUCUGAGAGACGAGGAGGAGGCGGUGGAGCACGUGGUGGUGGUGGUGGUGGUAGAUUCGGCGGACGCGAUGGAGGCGGAGGAGGCAAUAGAUUUGGCAGCAGCGGAAACAGAGACAACAAUUUUGGAAACAACAAUUUUAAAAAUCGGCAGCCUGGGGAACGGUUACGUAAACCACGAUGGGAUAUGAGCACCCUACCGCAAUUCAGAAAGGACUUCUACCAGCCACAUCCUAACGUAAUGGCACGGAGUAUUCACGCUGUAGAGGCAUACCGUUCCAAUAAAGAGAUCACUGUGAAGGGGGCUAACGUUCCAGGUCCCAAUAUUUAUUUCGAAGAAGGUGGCUUCCCAGACUAUGUCCUCAACGAGAUUCGUAGACAAGGAUUUGGUGAACCGACCGCGAUCCAGGCACAAGGUUGGCCUAUUGCCCUGUCCGGCCGAGAUAUGGUCGGUAUAGCGCAAACUGGUUCGGGAAAGACUCUUGCAUACAUCUUGCCAGCGAUCGUACAUAUAAAUCAUCAGCCUAGACUGAGCAGGAACGAUGGGCCAAUCGCAUUGAUCUUAGCGCCAACUCGAGAAUUGGCACAACAAAUUCAACAAGUAGCAUCAGAUUUUGGUAUGUCUUCUCAAGUGCGAAACACGUGCAUCUUCGGUGGUGCCCCGAAAGGACCUCAGGCGCGUGACCUCGAGCGCGGCGUAGAGAUUUGCAUUGCCACGCCAGGACGUCUUAUAGAUUUUUUGGAACGCGGCACAACUAAUCUACGUAGAUGUACAUAUUUAGUACUUGACGAGGCCGAUAGAAUGCUCGAUAUGGGCUUCGAGCCUCAAAUUAGGAAAAUUGUAGAACAAAUACGUCCUGACCGUCAGACUCUCAUGUGGUCGGCGACGUGGCCAAAAGAAGUACGUAAUCUCGCGGAAGAGUUUUUAACAGAUUACAUACAGAUCAACAUUGGUUCCCUACAAUUAGCUGCUAAUCACAAUAUUCUGCAAAUCGUCGAUGUAUGUGAGGAAUACGAAAAGGAGAGUAAGCUCAUGAAAUUGUUGGAAGAAAUCUCAAACGAACCGGAAAAUAAGACUAUAAUAUUUGUCGAGACCAAAAGGAAAGUGGAUGAUAUAACAAGAGCUAUUAAUAGAUACGGAUGGCAAGCGAUUGGUAUUCAUGGAGACAAAAGCCAACAAGAAAGAGAUUAUGUAUUAAAUCAGUUCCGGAAUAGCAGAUCUGCCAUCCUUGUGGCUACUGACGUGGCGGCGAGAGGUUUAGAUGUCGAGGAUGUCAAAUUUGUGAUAAACUUGGACUAUCCGUCCAACUCUGAGGACUAUGUGCACCGUAUCGGGCGUACGGGUCGUUCACAGCGUACAGGAACCGCGUACGCCUUUUUCACGCCCGGCAAUGCUCACAAGGCUGGUGACUUAAUUCAAGUUCUAGAAGAGGCCAAGCAAGUUGUCAAUCCGAAAUUAUAUGAUUUAUCCCGAAAUCCUGGCAUUUAUAAAAGUGGCAUAGGCGGGGCUAGCUAUGGAAGCAGUAAAUCGUUCCCUCAAAACAGCUUUGGAAGUGGAACUUCCGGCGGUGGCUCUGGUAGCUACAGCCAGAACAAUAGUGGAUAUGGAAGCAGCUACAGGCAACAAAACGGCUAUUGAACGAACGGUCAAGUAAUACUCCCAUCUGCGUUCCAGAGGGAAUAAUGGCAGUCAACGAUUGAUUGAGCCGAUGAGCCAAGAAUUGCGGAGAAUCGUUCCAAAAAAUUACACAUUCUCACGAGCAUUCGUCUCCUUUUCUUUUCCAGUACACGUCACCUUCAUUAGCUUUAAGUAAUAUUAUAAUAUCAAUUAUGCAAGUCACAUGUGUUAUAAUUAGGAUAGCUCCUUAAUAUAUUUAAGCGGUCAAUUAUCGCAUGAGAUUGCCGCCGAUAUAGUAUUACAAUUCGAUUGGCUUGCCGCUGUACAUUCAAUAAAAUAGUGUAAGACUGACACUAUAAAAAGCUAAAACGUAGCGUUGGCUCUUCUAAAUGAUUUUUCUUCGAUAUUUCUUUGACGCAGAGCGUAUUUAUUUUUUAUUUUUACGUGCGUAUUUAUUUCUAUAAUGCUAUCGAUAUCGUAAUAACGACAUAAAUUUAAUUUAUGCUUGUAUAAUUGCAAUUUAUUUUGAUCAUAAACACAUUUUCAGAGAUUCCUCUGUGUAUCAUAAAUCAUGAAUAUGUAUAAACGUGUGUUUAUGAUCAGCAUUCAAUCAACGUCGAUGUGACAUUUUGAUAAGUUACAUUGUUACAUAUAAGUCAGACAUCUAAGUCAUGAAUGCCGUCAUACAAACAUGCGUGUAUAUAUAUAUAUAUAUAUAUGUACUAAUGUUAAAUUUACUAUGAAAUAUCCUAUCUAAAGACGCCUGAUAAUUUUAUUAUGACAUUAUCGAUAAUUAAUUAAUCUUUUAAAGUGCCGGGGGGAAGAUCAGCUGCUUCAUUCAUUGGUUAUCGAGAAUCAUACGAUCCAGUUUGGAAUUUGCUUUUUUACUCAAGUGAAAAUAUUUACUUCAGCGAGAUUUAUCGCGCAACAAUAAAAUAUUUGUUAUGUCUAUGAUUAUAUCGCCCAUUUUUCCACAAUGAUCAAGCUUUCCAGCUUUCGAAUUAAAUUACCCGCAUCAUCGUUACGAUACAUGUUUUUAUGGCGAUGCUGUCAAUCAUCAAAAUGUGUAGAAUGUCAUUGCUUCUUCCUUGUCGC